GUCAUCCUCAAUCUCAUCUUCAUGCACGUUCUGCUCAAUUGGAGAUUUCUCAAACUCGGUGGGUUGCAGCUUUUCGCGAGUACGAGUGAGCACAUGGAUAUGGGUAAGCACUCUUUGUAAUCAAUGCUCUCUACAAGCAGGUGCAUUUUGAAUGCGGAUUUUCCCCGAGAGAGCGCUCUCUCUUAGAAUUAUACUCUUUGACAACAUAAUUAUCUCAGCUUAGCCAAAUCAAUUCAGUGUUGACAGGGGUUGACAGUCAAGGUCCGACAAGUAAAAUGCCUUCUUUUCGAAAACCUGAUUGUGGUCACACAACAUUAAAGGUGCUUGUGGUGAUUUACAACAUCUUCUUUUGGCUUGUGGGAGCCACGUUACUGGCCGUAGGAAUCUAUGCUGAGAUUGAGAAGCGGAAUUACGAAGCUGUGAGCGAUGUCCUCCUUAACCCUGCAAUCGUUCUCCUUGUUAUCGGCUGCUUCAUGUUUGUCGUGACAUUCAUAGGAGGUGUGGGGGCACUUCGAGAAAACAUCACACUUCUUAAAAUUUUUGGAUGGACCAUCUCCAUUGUCUUCCUGCUUCAAUUGAUUGCAGCAAUCCUUGCUAUCGUGUUCAAAACAAAGGCAAAGGAAUUGGUGAGUUCUGGAUUCAGCAGUGCUUUAGAAAACUACUACGAUGAUCCUGAUAUCCACUUUGCUGUUGACACUGUCCAACAGAAGCUGGAGUGCUGCGGAGGAUUUGACUUCAAUGACUGGGAAAACAAUAUGUACUUUGCUUGCCAAGGUCAAGCAAGCUGUGGGGUGCCGUUCUCUUGCUGUGUGACAACCAAGGAAGACAUGGUCGUGAACACGCAAUGUGGAGUGGACAUCCGUCGUGGAGAUCCCCAGCCUUACGCAGUUGAUCAUUUGAUUUACGUGAGGGGGUGCACCGAUGCCUUGCUGGUCUGGUUUCAAGAUCACCUUGAUAUAUUUAUAGGACUGACAUUGGGAGUUUGUCUGCCCCAGCUUAUCGGCUGCCUUCUGACGUGGCUCUUCAUCGGGAAGAUCAGGGAGGCUCAAGAUCAGUAUGACUAUCAUCAAGCGCCAACCUCCUCGGAUAAAAAUUAAGUACGGUGACCCGGCAUACAGGUGCAUACCAAUUUAUAGCAGUAUUCAUUGGCACAGACUCGAGCUGCUGCCACAAUCUCCCGCUGAUGGCAAUGAUUAAAGUGGCUUAAACUUUUGGUAAUGUACCCGACUGGUUAUAUUUUUUCAUGAAUCCUAAUUUCAAGUUUAUAGUAUAAUAUAUAUGUUGUAUUUGAAAGUGUUAUGCAAAGAUAGUAACAUGGGUUACAAUCUUACCUGAAAAAAGAGCCUGAAACAGACUUAAAAGCCUUCACAUGAUGUUUUAUAUACAUUUUGUAAACAUUUUUAGUGUCUACCUAUAACAUUUGAGCAUGAUUUAUACUGAAUAUGUAGAUGUAUACGAGUAUUGGACGUGAAUUUUGUAUUCUUUGGAAAUGACUGCAACCUUUUGAUCGGAUACACUGCCCAUGAAAUCCUUGCCUUGCUGAGGAAAUUCACCAUCUUAAUGAAAAUUCUUUGAUCACACCAUAGUUGGACCAUAUAAGAUUCAGCAAAUCUAUGGAUGGUCCUUUAUAUAUCUGACUGCCUAGAAAGCAUGAAUUUACCUGUACGUAUUCAACCAAAUUAAGGAAUGAUGACCUCUAAAAUCUCUACAUAGUAUGUGCAUGGACCUACUAUAUAUGUAUGUGAGACUUGGUAGGUCCAUGGAUAAUAUACACAUGGUUAUCUGUCACAGUCUACCACUUUCUAAUUGAGCUAUCACAUCACCACUUUAAAAUAAACCUAAAUUUAAGUUACGGAGAUUGAAUGAAGGGAGAAACUCUCACAACCAUUGAGAAAAGAUGUAUGCCAUUCACCUAAUUUGGUGUUUGCCGAGUCACUUGCACUGCAAAUAGAAAAAUGUAUGGAACUUCAUACAAAUCGUUAGCCUUAAUAUUCAGUUGUUGUUUAUUUAUAGUAUGAAUAUGAUAAUCUCAUAAGUACCAAAUGAAUUAAAAAAGUAAAAAGAAUGAAUUUUAGCUUUCCCAUAACUCCAACGUCACCUUUAAGCCAUCACCUUAAUAUGUAAGAAUGUUUUCUGUAGGCUGAGCCAAUGUGUCUACUUUUUUCUUUUACAGAAAAAGAAAUUCUCGUACAGUAGAGGCUGAGUGAUAUUUUUCUAAAAUUAGUCAAUUGGUUUAGCUAUAAACCAAUACUGAGGUUGGGCUCAUAAUGUAAAUAUACAUGAGCAACUAAAAGUGCUUUAUUUUUAUGGAAAUGGUGUCUUUCUUUAUAAAAUUCUUGGGAAUUCAUUUUAUAUUUUUAUUUUAUGAAAAUUGAAAUGGUAUAAUCAUAUUGAUGUUUUUCAUAAAGUUAGAGAGCUUAAUUCAUGAAUUCUUGGUGAAUUAUACUGGGUAAUCUGUAUUAGAGAUUUCUUCUUGCAAAAUCAUGUAUUUUUUAGAUCCAGUAGCAUUAGGACGAAUGAGAGACAUAUAAUCAUGUACUUGCCAUUCUACAUCUCGGACAUUGAAACUUUCUACUUGUACACACUUUAGAAUCUAUUGUUUUAAUGAAAUUGAAAUUGAUGUUAAUGAUAAUGAAUGAAAAUAUUAAUGAUGAUACAUGUAAAUGAUAAUGAACAAUAAUGAAUAAAAAUGAUAAUAAUGAAUGAUAAUAAAUGAUAAUGAAUAAUGAUAAUGAACAAUAAUAAUGAGUAAUAAUGAUAAUAAUAAUAAUAAUGAUAACGAAUAAUAUUGAAUGAUAAUAUGAUAAACAAUGAUAAUGAAUAAUAAUAGUGAUAAAUACAAUUUUACAAGAGUAUUGUCUGGUGAAUUGAGUAUGAAAGAUAAUGCAUGAAGGUGGCUUUAUGUGCCAGAAUUAUAGUCCCCACUCAAAUUGAGACAAAUCAAUUUAUUUUGGAAAUUCAAAUCUACAUUUUUAUUCAUCUCCUCCUUCUACUACUACACUUCUACUACUACUACUACUACUACUACUACUACUACUACUACUACUACAACUACUACUACUACUACUACUACUACUACUACUACUACUACUACUACUACUACUAUCUUCUGUUUCUUACGUCUUCUUCUUCCUCUUCUUUUUCUCAUCCUUCUUAUUCUACUACUACUACUACUACUACUACCACUAUAGCUUCUUCUGUAUCUUCUCCUUUUUCUUCUCUUUCUUCCCCUUUUCCUUGAUCCUCCUCAUUUCUUUAUGCAAUCAUUGCUUAGGUGCUAUGAAUACUAUCUUACAUGCAAGUAGAAAAUGUUUAUAAUGCAAUUUGAUAUGUACCAGUAACUGUCAAAAUGCAUUAAUGCAUGUAUGAAUUUUGUCACUCAUAUUAUGACUUCAUUAUUGAUUAUAGCAUGGAGCUAUUACAGAUAGCUCCAUGAUUAUAGUAUAAUCAGAUCAUCAGGGAUAUAUGCUAUGACUGCCUAUGUAUCAUCAUACAAUGUAUUAUCUAAUGUGGACUGAAUUUAUUUUGCUUUCUCACAUGUUUUACUAAUUGUUUUUGUGAUACCAAUAAUAUCUAGUAUCACCUCAAUGUAAAUUACUGAAAUUUAAUUCAAAUCUUUCUCAAAUGACCAAGUCGCGGACUUGCUGCAUUUUGAUAACAUUGUGUGGUAUGCAAAUGAAGCUCGUGAUUGCAAAUUUUACAAAAACUUGUGUUCUUGUAAAAUUUGCAUUAAAUCCAACACCUUUGUGGUAAGCUAGUGAGCAAAGAAUAUCAAGUGCGUGGCACUGUUAGCUCACCUAUGUACAAUUGUACAUACCCAUCUCUGUAAAUAUAAACAUUUAUCAAAUGAAACUUAAUUCAAAAUUUGACAUCCAAUAUUUGUUGAAAUUUUCAAUGAGCUAUCAUUUUGUGUAUUUUUUCUCAAUUUACUCAAAUCAACUUGUUAUUUGGGUGGACUUACCAUUUAAUCCCUCUUUCUGUUUGCACCUUAUUAUUUGAUGAAUAACUAUCAUUUAAUUACAUUUCACUUGAUUUGUUAUUACUCCCCUGGUUUUUCUUGUUUUCAUGUUUAUAGAAGAGGCUGUUUUCUAUUUAUCAUAAUAAUAAUAAGUUCCAGUCUACAGAUCACCUUGCCUGCUAUAAUUUUGUUUAGACUAUUAUUGCUGAGAUAUAUUUAGAAUCAAGUCUACCUUGCCUUUUCUGUUAUGUAUUCAAAAUUGUGUGUAUAUUGACACUUUUAUUUUCAGUUUUGUUUAUAAUGCUUCUUAUUGUACCCUCAUAAGUCUCAAAAUAUGAUUAAGAAUUUUUCAACACUUUAUAUUUUGUCCUGUAUAUGGGAUGAGGCUUUAGAAUUGCAAUUGCAAUUUAGGUUAGAAUCAUGGUUGUAUAUUAAAAGUGUAGAGUAAAUUCUAGGUUGAAUAUGAGAAUUUGGUUAGUGAAGGAAUUUGAUGCAGGUCAAUUCCAGAAGAGCAUGCACUGUGAAAUGAACUGAUUUAUUCUGACGUUUUUGACUUGAUCCAGUGUUCCUUACUCUCGCCAUUCUAGUUUACAUAAGUUUCCAAUUUCUCUUUUUAUUAUAUUUUGAGUUAAUCUUGUGCUUAAACAAUCUUUUAAACGAGAGAAAAUAUGUUAAUGAGAGCUAGAAGAGAAAUGACAUUCUUCCAAGCAUACUCUGCUAGUUUGUUGUUUUGUUAUUUUACAAAUAUUACAUGUCAUCAAGGGUUUGAGUAAGAAUGCACAUUGUUCAUGAUUUAAAAUCUGUCUCCUGCAGUAAUAGACCAUUUUAAAGGUAACAACAGUGCGUAUUAUACCGGAGCAAAUGAUGUGUCUUAUACAGUGCGUCCCAGAAAAAAGGAAACCGGGAUUCCCAUGUCUUUUUUUCUUCAAAUAAAAAUGAAUUAUUCUAUUUUAAUACAUCAUCAUACAAUCUAUGUUUUGAUACCUAAUAUGAAAAGAACACUUCACGAAUUGAUGAGCAUGAUGAGUUUGAAAUUUUGAUGUAAAAUUCAGGUCACGCAGAAAAGUUUAACAAGAUUGGCUUGUGAUACGACGACAGUGCUUAUUCGUCUAUCGGCUCAUUAUUAGCAUUUCUUUUGUAUUCUCUUUUUAAGAUUCUCUCACUGAUCCCUGAAAUGAGAGUGGAUUCAGAUUCACACGCGAGUUUCUGCGCAAAUCAUUUCUGACAUGCCUCAAUAAUUAUUGUUUAUUAUCUGCCAUGCAUGAACGAUUUGCUAAGCUGUUGGUCUCAUAUUAAAGAUGAGAUUUCACUCUUACCAUUAAUAUCAAAUUUAUGAUAAAGAUUUGUGUAAUAAUUGUGAAAUCUAUCUCUGAAAAAGGGUUUCCUUUUUUGUGGCAUGCACUGAAACCAUCCUCAUCUCAGAACAAUGACUGGUCAAUAGAACAAGUCAUUAGUACAAGUCAUCAAUAUUUUUUUUACUGUUGGCUAAUAACUGGUCACAUGGUAUAUCUCUGCCCAUCAUUUGAAUAGGAUCCAUUAUGUUUUAUCAAAUUUGUGCCUCAGUAUGUCGCCUUAUCAUCAACAAUAAGCAAGACAAAAAAUAAUGGAAAAAAAAUCCCAGAACACCUAAUCACAUGUACAGUGUAUGAGCAAGAAUGAAUUUAGUUGUUGACUGUAUAUUUUUCAAUUAAAUGAUGUGACAUAUUUUGAGUAUGAAUUGAGUGCAUGGAUAUAUUUUAUGUAUGAGUAGGAUUUUGUAUUAUGCUUAUAUCCAUUUUGUUAUAAUUGUAGUACAUAAAAGUAUAUAAAUGCAUUUUAGGAAAUGAAGAAGGAAACCUUAAAAAAUGUCCAUAUUGAAAAAUUACCAUAAAACACUAAAUUUCUUUGGUACAUGAUAUUUCAUUUAUAACAUUUAAUAUAUCAAGUGAUUGGUCUAAGUCAAAGAUGAAAUCUGAAUCUGGAUGGCGACAACCGUGCAUGAAUAGAGUGAAACAUAGUAGUAGGUCCAUGAGUUAACUGAGUCAGAAAGAGUUAAUCAUAGUCGACCCUGUGCCUGUUGAGUAAUCGUUUAACCAACUUUUUGUUGAAACCACCCAACAAGCAAUUACGUAAAUGUAUUUUGCCCACAUUUCAACAAAUUGUUUUAUGGACAGAUUUUACCGAACCAUACAUGUAUUUUUAGGAUUUGUGACAUAACACAAGAGAACCCGAUGUUGUAUAUAUAUGUAGUUACAUUUUAAUGAUGAUAAUUGCAAUGAGAUAUUAGAUAAAAGUAUAUUUUGAGCUCUAGACAAUGCAAUAAAUUCAUAUAUUUCUAUUCUAUUGCAAAA